AUGAGUGACAUUCUUAAAAAGAUCCUUCAACCUAUUAUUGGUAUUGAUGAAAAUCAAGAACAAAUUCAUGCUGAUAUAGAUUCAUUUAAUGAAGAAGAUCAUCAAAAUGAAAAUGGGGCUCCAGUUGAAACUCAUAAUCCUUUAGGUUAUAAUUUGGAUUAUGUUUCUGCUUUUUAUAUGGUCAUUCAAGGUAUUAUUGGUACUGGUAUUUUCUUAACUCCUGCAUCAGUCUUAAAUUCAAUUGGAUCAGUCGGUGCAUCUUAUGUCCUUUGGGUAGCUGGUUUUUUUAUUGCCCUUUUUGAAGUUUUCGUUUAUGUUGAAUUCUCAACCUAUUAUAAAAAGAGAUCUGGUGGUGAUGUCGCAUAUCUUGAACAAGCUUAUCCAAAACCUGAUUUCUUAGUUCCAACCAGUUAUGCUGCUGUCUCUGUGGUAUUAUCAUUCUCUGUCUCUUCUGCUAUUGCUUUUGGAGAAUUUGUUUUAAAUGCUUCUGGUACUGAAGUUACAACUUGGAAGGAAAGAGGUGUUGGUGUAGCUAUUCUUACAUUUGCUGCUAUCCUCACCAUUGCUAAUUCAAAAUGGUCUUUGAAAUUAGCCAAUCUUUUGGGUUUUGUUAAAAUGGUAACUAUUACUUUUAUUAUUAUAACUGGCUUCGUUAACUUGGGUGGUAAUACAAGGGUUGCUGAACCCCAUGCAGUCUUUAAAGAUGCUUGGAAAGGUUCAACUAGUGAUGGUAAUGCAAUCGCCAAUGCCAUUAUUAAGGUUUCUUUCUCUUAUUCUGGUACUCAAUAUGUUUUCAGAAUGGUUGGUGAAUCAAAUCCAAAAAAAACUAAGAACUUAUUCAGAUACUUCAUUCCUGGUGUUGUUAUCUCGAUCUUCUUUAUCUAUAUCUUAUUAGUCACCACUUUUUAUUCGGGUUUUGAAUCUGUUGAAGCAGUUAAGAAGUCAGGUUCUUUAGUUGCUGCUCAAUUCUUUUCAAAUGUAUUUGGUACUAAAGCUGCAACUAAGGCUUUAGAUAGUUUAAUUGCUUUAAGUGCUUUGGGUCAUUUAUUGACUGUUUUUGUUGGUAGUUCUAGAACUUUAAGAGAAUGUGGUAGACAAGGUGUUUUACCAUAUCCAAGAGCUUGGACUUCUACCAAACCUUUUGGAACUCCAGUAUUGGGUGUUUUCAUCACUUGGAUUGUUAAUUUAAUUGUCUUAUUAGCACCACCAGCUGGUGACGCUUAUAACUUGGUUGUUGAUAUCGGAUCAUAUUCUGGUUACUUCUUCAAGAUUUUAUUAGCUGUCGGUUUAUUAUUGGUUAGAAAGCAAAGAAAGGAACAAGGUUUAGGAUAUCAAGGUUUCAAGUGUCCUUUGAUCUUCAUCAUUAUCACUCUUGUCUUCUACCUUUUUGUCAUUGCUAUGUCAUUUGUUCCACCAAACAAUGGUACUUUGAUUGGUUCCGAUGUUACCUUCUUCUACGCCACUUAUGCUCUUGUUACUAUCGGUCUUUUAGCAUUAUGUGUCUUCUACUAUUAUGUCUGGGCUAAAAUCUUACCUAAAUUCGGUGGUUACGUACACAGAACUGUUUACUACAUCUUACCAAAUGGUGAAAGAGGUCACACUGUCAUCCAAGUUAAGAAAGAUGAAGUUGCCAAAUUUGAUGCUGAACAUGAUGCUCUUGGAAGACUCAUUGAUGGAUCAACUGAAGGUGAAAUUGAAGGUGAAGGUGAUGGAUCUAUUGAAAAACUUGCUUUCACAGUUGAAUCAGAAAAGCAAUUACAUUAA